AGAUUUCAAGCUUCACCGUGAAAGAUGCAACACGAUGAGGUUAUAUGGCAGGUCAUCAGGCGCAAUCACUGCAGUUACAUGGCCAAAAUCGAAACUGGAAUCUUCUGCAGAAACCAAUAUAACGUAACCGGAAUCUGUAAUGAAAGCUCUUGCCCUCUUGCCAAUAGCCGAUACGCCACUAUCCGAGACCAUGAUGGAGUGUUUUAUUUAUAUAUGAAGACUAUUGAGAGAGCUCACAUGCCAAAGAACUUGUGGGAGAGAGUUAAGCUGCCUGUUAACUAUGAGAUGGCUCUUGAAAUGAUUGACAAACACUUGUUGUACUGGCCCAAGUUGUUGCAGCAUAGUCUUAAACAUAGACUGACUAAAAUGACUCAUAUGCGUAUUCGUAUGAGGAAACUUGCUCUGAAAACAAGGGAGGCAGUAAUCCCUAUGCCUAGGAGGCAAAUAAAGAGGGAGGCGAGAAGAGAGAUAAAGGCUCUAAAUGCAGCUGUGUUGGAUAAGGCUAUUGAAAACGAGUUGUUGGAACGUUUGAAGACAGGCAUUUACCCUACUGACAUAUACAAUUUCUCACAACGUGCGUUUGACAAACUUCUUAAUAAAGAAAUCGUACUCAACCAAGAAGUUGAGGAAGAAGAGGAGGAGGAAGGAGUGGUUGAAUAUGUUGAAGGCGAUGAUGAACUCGAAGCAGAGGAAGAAGAAGACAUGGAAGACUUCUCUGGUCUUCCAUCUAAGGAGUCUUACCUUGAAGGUGAUGAUCAUGACUCAGAUGACGAGGAUGACGAUAAUGCUGAAGAACAAGUUGUGAUUCAUAAAAGAAGAGCUUUAAAGAAGUCUGAUGAUAACGGAAAAGCAAAGAAGAAAUCAAGAGUAGUUGUUGAGGUUGAGCAAGAUGGAGACACAAGGAGAUCCCUGAAAAGCCUUAAACUUUGAGAAAGAUAGCCAAAGUUUUUCAUACUUUUUGGUUAAAAAGGUAAAACUUCUUCAGUUGAGAGGCCUUUGGUUUUGUAGAAUUUCUACUUUUAUUUUGUAAAAGCUUAAUAUUGUUCUUACAUUUAUAUUAAUAAACCAUUUAUUUUCAA